CCACGAUGCACGCCACGAAUACUACUACAACGUCAAGCAGUACUACCACUUCCAUUGUCCCAGGGCGUCACCCAACAUACCGUGGUGUACGCCGCAGGAGUAGUGGAAAAUGGGUUUCGGAAAUCCGAGAGCCCAAAAAACCUAAUAGGAUUUGGCUAGGCACAUUUCCCACACCCGAAAUGGCCGCGGUUGCUUAUGACGUGGCCGCUAUCGCUCUCAAGGGUCAAGAUGCUGAGCUCAACUUCCCCAACUCCGCUUCUUCAUUGCCCAUGCCAGCCUCCACUUCGUCACGUGACAUCCAGGCGGCGGCAUCCUCCGCUGCUGCGGCCAUGGGAGUUGCAAUUGAUCGCUGUUCUUAUUCAAGGGAUGAGGUGCAAGGUGGUCACCAUAAUGUUCAUCAGGCUCAUAAGACAGUUGAUGAGGAUGACAGAUUUGUGCUGAAUCAUGAGUUUGUUGAUGAGGAUCUGAUCUUUAAUAUGCCUAACGUUCUAGUGAACAUGGCCGAGGGAAUGCUGCUUAGCCCUCCUCGCCUGGACAUAGCUGGUGAUGAUGCUAUAGAUGCUGAUCAAGAACAAGGGGACCAGAACCUUUGGAAAUUUUACUAAAAUCCCAUCUGAAUAUAUCACCAAUAUCAAGAGGAAAAAAUGAAAAAACAAGCGAAAAAGAAUAAAGAAUAAAAUGGACCUAACGCUUGAUGUACAUGUACGGGGUCUCCAU